AUGGCCAAUGAAGAGAGGUCCACAGCCCAGUCAGGCAUCGGCACGCCCCCUCCCAUUGGAAACGACAACGCCGCUACGGAUCAUGUCACCAAGAACCCCUCUCUAAUGGAGGCUAACGAAUCCAAUGGUAAAGGCGACCUUCUACCUACCCCCGAAGAACAGAUCGAGGCUCUUGGUAUCGCCAACUGGCGUGAUCUCGAAAAGCAGGUCGUCAAGCGUCUUGACAUGACCCUCAUGCCAUGCUUAUGGGUACUCUAUCUUUUCAACUAUCUAGACCGAGCUUCUAUUGCACAAGCUCGCCUUAGUAGCCUGGAUGAAGAUCUCAAUCUUGAAGGCUACCAGUACGGGACUGCAGUAUCGAUUCUUAGUGUCGGAUACGUCCUCGGUCAAAUACCGUCCAAUAUGAUCAUUGGAAAAGUGCGACCCAGUCUCUAUCUUUGCUGUAUGGCUUUGGUCUGGUCUAGUGUCUCGGCAGCAACCUGUGGAGUCAAGAAUUACCAGGGACUCAUUGCCGUCAGAUUCUUCCUCGGCGUGGUCGAAGCACCUCUGUUCCCAGGUGCUAUCUACGUCAUGUCUUGCUGGUACACCCGAAAGGAAAUGGCGUUGCGCUGCGCACUAUUGUACACUGGCCAAACACUUGCUUUCUGCACCGCUGGUCUCAUUGCAGCAGCCGUAUUUGGAACCUUGGAAGGCAAGUAUGGCUUGGCAGGCUGGCAAUGGCUGUUCAUCGUUUUGGCGUCAACUGGUGCAGGCCUUGCCAUGAUUGCUCUCUUCAUUCUCCCAGAUUACCCCGAUUCCAAUACUGGUAGCGCCCGCUGGUCUAUGACGGAGGACAUGCGCAAAUUGGCUGCUGCUCGCAUCCUUGCCGAUCGUGUGUCAACUUCGGAAGCCACAGCUGGCGUUUGGGCUGGCCUGAAGAUGAGCAUUUUCGACUACAAAAUGUGGCUGCUUGUCGGCAUGAACAUCGGAAUCUCAGCUGCAUAUGGUUUCUCAAACUUCUUCCCAUCCAUCGUACGGGGAUUUGGCUACAACAACACAAUUACUCUAGUUCUUACUGCUCCGCCUUAUAUCUUUGCGGCUCUUGGUUCUCUCGUGAACGCAUGGCACUCUGAUCGGCAGAAGGAGCGCGGGUACCAUUUUGCCGGCCCCAUAGCUUUUGGUUGUAUCGGCUACAUCAUAUGCCUGGCUACCGAGAGCAAGACAGCACGAUACGCUGCUUCUUUUGUGUAUGUUGGGGGCAUGUACUUUGCAAACCCCCUCAUAUCAACAUGGACAUCCAACACCAUGGGUAGGACGCCAGAGAAGCGAGCCAUCUCCGUCGCACUAGUCAACGUGCUUGGUCAGAUUGGUAACCUGAUCGCUCCCUACUUCUUCGUUGACUCGGAUGAGCCGCGCUACCGGCUUGCCUUCAUCAUGAUGAUGGUUAUGGGCCUGAUUGCGUGUACGAGUGCCAUAAGCCUGAAGUUCUACCUUUACAAAGCGAAUCAGAGAUUGUACCGGGAGGCCGUUCGCAACGGAAGCGUGUAUAAUCCUUACGUUAUGUAA